AUGUCCGGAGAGAAACGUCCUGCCCCCGAGGGGUUUGCGCACUCAAGCCAGCUCGUGGUCAAGCGAAAGAAGUCUGAUGCCGACCUUCACCCUGGGAACGCGGUUGUGAAGAGCUCGUCGCAAAAUGGCACACUCGUUCAAUCGAUUCCUCGAACGAGUGGCCUCGAGGCGCCGAUCAUGGAACUUACAGGGCACUCUGGUGAAGUUUUCACUGCACGCUUCAAUCCGACAGCUCAACAUAUCGCAUCCGGCUCGAUGGACCGUUCUAUUCUACUUUGGAACACAUACGGACAAUGCGACAACUACGGCCAACUGACGGGUCACAAGGGAGCCGUUCUCGAUCUUCAAUGGGCUCGUGAUUCACGGGCAAUAUUCUCUGUCUCUGCCGACAUGACUUUGGGGAGCUGGGACGUGGAAACUGGAACUCGUGUGCGCCGACACGUGGGUCAUGAGGAGAUCAUCAACAGCCUGGAUAUAAGCAAGCGCGGCCAAGAGCUGCUUGUCAGUGGCAGUGAUGAUGGCUGCAUUGGGAUUUGGGACCCUCGGCAAAAGGACGCUCUCGAAUACCUCGAAACCGAGCUACCCAUCACAGCAGUUGCACUGUCCGAAGCUGGAAACGAAAUCUACAGUGGCGGAAUUGACAACACAAUCCAUGUCUGGGAUUUGCGCAAAAAGGCUGUUGUGUAUUCCAUGGCUGGGCAUACCGACACCAUCACCUCUCUGGAAAUCUCGCCAGACUCACAAUCUCUGCUUUCUAAUUCUCACGACUCUACGGUGCGGACCUGGGAUAUCCGACCCUUUGCGCCUACAAACCGAAUGAUCAGGACAUUUGAUGGUGCCCCAGUUGGCAUUGAGAAGAAUCUGAUCCGUGCAAGCUGGGAUCCCAAGGGUGGAAAGAUUGCGGCGGGCAGCGGUGACCGAAGUGUUGUGGUUUGGGACGCCAACUCGGGCAAACUGCUUUACAAAUUACCCGGUCACAAGGGUACGGUUAAUGAUGUCCGCUUCUCGCCCAACGACGAACCUAUCAUUGUCUCGUGUUCCUCGGAUCGCAAUCUCAUGCUCGGCGAACUUGGUAAAUGA